CAAAAACUGUUUAGGUAAGGGGCUAAAUGGACCAGUUUCCAGUGCUCCUAUAAGAAGUAACAAGAAGAAGAAGAAGGAAGAAGUUGAAUUCGUUCGUCUUGUUCAGUACUCAGCAGUCUGGAUUCCGUUACGGGUUCUGCUGUCGGAUGGACGUGUGUCUAUAGCUGUUCAGUUCUUAAGAAUUUUCAAAACGUUGGUGAUGGCUUUAUGUAGGAAAAUUUUAUCUCUUGGCAGCCCCAUGCGCCAGCUGGUCUUAAGCAGUGAGAGAUGUCUCUCAGUCUCAACUACUCACCAUAUUGACAACCUCAACAAGAAGCAAGUGGAGCCAAAAGGUGUAGAGGCUCUUAACCCUGUGGAGAAGAACCUCACCAUCACUGUUGAAGGACUGGCUGACAUCACAAAGCUUACAGGAGUGCCUGAAGAGCACAUCAAGCCCCGCCGUGUGCUCAUCAAGAAGCCCACCAAGAACGCCAUGCAGUCGGGCACCAACAAUCUGCACAAGUGGGUGAUGACGUUUGACACCAAGGAGCGUUGGGAAAACCCACUCAUGGGCUGGGCUUCAACUGCAGACCCUCUAUCAAACCUUGAGGUGGAGUUUGCAAGCAAGGAAGAUGCGAUCGUGUUCUGCGAGAAGAACGGCUGGCAGUGGGCGGUACAGGAGCCUCCUCAGAAGCCUCCCAGGGCCAAGAGUUAUGCUGAUAACUUUUCCUGGAAUAAACGCACGCGAAGAUCUACCAAAUAAUUUAGUAAAUGAGGACCAGGCCUUGAAUGAUUACAAGCGAUUCAGUACUAACAUGAUGGACGUCUAGAAAUAAUUGUUUAACCUCUGGCAGUACAUACUGUUCCUUCUUCAUGAAAUCUGAUAUAUUUAUUUCUUAUUUUUACUUUAGUUUUGAAUAGUUGCUUGUAUUUUCCAUAGAGCGUCUAACUCAGAUUCAAAAUUUAUCACGGUAUAAGUUAUGUAGAUUAUCUUGCAAGGAUAGCCAAUCUCAUUCAGAAAGCAAUACCUACCAUCUUAUCUUUAUACCAUUCGCAGUGCUCAGAGUUUUACUACACAAACUAGGUAUUGAACUGAAUUGAGUGUUGCCUAAUAAUUGUUACUUUACUUAACUUUAUUGCUCUUCUAUUUGAAAUGAAAUAAACUUUGUAAUAGAUAGCUGAAGUCGGUGACAACUCACGUAGGAUACAAGCAAAAUUUUAUUAAACAAAUUUAUAUGUACACUUUAUUUAUCAAUCAUCUUCCAAGUUUCAAACUACAUUAUUUCAGUUAAAUGGGAAACUUAAUAGAGGUGUGAAGCUUGUAUAGUAUAAUAUAUGAUUGUAUUAUAAACAUUUAAAGUCUU